AUGAAUAUCCCCGUGCGUGGAGGCCAAAAGCCUGGCUUCAACACACCUUUACCAGAAAUCUGCGUACAAGACUCUCACCAUCCCGAUCGAUACUCCGAUAAAUACUUCGAAGAUCAACACGCGUAUCAAUCUGCCCUCUCGUCGAGGUUCGCCGCGGCAGGGCCAAUGUCUAUUCCCAAUGCUAGAGAGGCCCCUCCUCCUCCUCUACCACCACCGAGAUACAUUCCAGAUAUUUCAGAGAAUGGGAGAGGAGAUAUUGGAUGGCAGUGGGCGAAUCAAGACCGGGAUAUCAAUUGGGGAGGACCUGUAUCAUCAGUACCCGCUGGGUCGAGUUUGUACGGGAGUUAUGCUCGUCGCAAGAGCAUUCCAGUUGAGCGACCAGAUAUUGAACGUCGAGGAAGCUCGAACGUCACUCUCACGGCGCAUACAUUGAAAAAUGCGAGUAACCUUGUAACUGCGUUAGCAAAAGAUGAAGGGUAUGCAAGUCUUUCUGCUUCUAGUGCAAGCAUUGGCUCGACACAAUCGAGAACCUCGCUAGGCUUUCAAAGUUCGGUCCACGAUACAUACCAGACUAAUGCACAAGCAUACGACAAAGCAUUGUUGCAGAAGUUGGGUGGUAGAGGGGAUAAUUUCACGCCAUCAGGAAUCUUCGCAAAGUCUACAUUUAGCUCAUCUCUAAACGACGCAUCACCCACAUCUCGAAUAGCGCGGGAACAUGGGCAUCCUACUCUCAAGCCCCUCUCUCUGCCAAUUCAUACACACAAAUCAACGCUGGCGGAGAUUCCCAUGAAAAUAUGGUCAGAUUCACCUUCCGCGUCUGCCGUCUCACCGGGCAAUCCAUAUACCAGAUUUGGUGGUCCAAAUUCAUUUGACUACAGAUCACCAACCAAUAUUAUAGACGGCGAAAGGUCACCACUACCAUAUCCUAGAAGAGCAGGAAGUAUAGCCGAUGAUGCAUCAAGUAUUGCUAGCCAGUCUAGGGAUAGCUACCAGAUGCCUUCUCCAGACUACGAAGAAGGUUUCCCCAUGGAAGAGACUAAUUUGAGACGAUUACAGAUAGGAGACGACUACCAUAGCCGGAGCGAAGGAUACUCUCCUCGCUCUGCUACAGCCGGACGAAAACGACGCGCAUCCUCCCCUCCUAGGGAUGAUGGUCAACAUCUGCGGACUGUGGGUAGUGCAAGCGAUCUUACUCGACGUCGUGAGUCUGGCUCGCGCUCAACACCGAGUCCACGCUUUCAUUCGACUUCUACGUCUAUUUCAUCUACUACUUCCCUACCCAGAAACUCAUUCUCAUCAACGUUAUCGGUGGCUGCUAGUAGCGCAACCAGUAUGGGUUCGUACAAUAGGCUGACCCAUGGAGGGAACCCACCUGCCCCCAUGGAUAUCAGCCUCGACAUGUCAUAUAAUGGUUCUGCGUCGCUAAACCCCAGCCCGAGAGGAUCAAUAUCUGCUAGAACCACUCAUCACCGAGCCUUAUCUGAGAGCCGACCUCUAACCAAUGCACGCAAAAUGCCAGAAGCCUCAGGACACGUGAAACACAACAGUGCUCCUAGCAGACAAGGCAUUUUUAUUUGUGAAUGCUGUCCAAAAAAACCCAAGAAAUUUGACUGCCAGGAAGACCUCAAUGCGCAUGAACAAGAAAAGCAGUACGAAUGCCUAUACUGUCCCAAUCGUUUUAAGAAUAAGAAUGAGGCUGAAAGGCAUCAAAAUUCCCUGCAUCUCCGUCUUCAUUCAUGGUCGUGCGCUGCUUUGUUAGAUUGGGCCCAUGCGUUCCACCCUUCUCCUUCGCGGCCCAAUGAUGCGGAUACUUGCGGAUAUUGUGGUGAAGAUUUCUCAAGGUCCGGAAUUACUCCGCCAUGUCCCAAUGAAACUCAGAUGAUUAUAGCGUCAAAUGAGGAUUGGGACGUUAGAAUUGCCCAUUUGCAAGAGAUGCAUAAGUUUGGAGAAUGUAACCAUACAAAGAAAUUCUUCCGCGCAGAUCAUUUCCGUCAGCACCUUAAGCAUAGUCAUGCCGGUACAAGUGGAAAAUGGACGAACAUGCUUGAGAAUGCUUGUAUGAGGGACGAGCCACCUCCAGAGCCACUCAGACGACCCGAAAGAAGAGUCAGUCCUGGUGGAGUGAGAGUAGGGAGGAUCAACGAAGAAGAUGAACAAAGUACUAUAAAUUAA